AUGUCAGAGAUCAAGCACUUAGAUCAAGCUAGGGUUGCGAUUCUUAGCAGAAAUGAUUCUGACUUAACUAUACCCCAGAUUCGUCAUGAGAAUAUGUCCGGGAAUUCUAUCGAGGAUGUAAAUGGUCAAUCCAACCCUUUUCGCCCAAUAAUAACCCCUAUGGGUUCAACCAAUAACGUUUUAACCCAGUUGAGCCAUAACAAAGACCCGACGCUAGAACCGUUACCUCAACAAGUGAAUCCAGGUAAGCAAAUAAUGACAUCCAGGAAUCCUCCCGGAAAUUUGUACAGAAUUAUCACAACGUGCUGUUGGUCAGCAGCAGGAGGAUGGUCAGAUGCUACACCUGGUGCUAUUUUACCAUUUAUUGAAGACUAUUACGGAAUUACAUAUGCAAUUGUGUCAUUGAUUUGGAUGGCUAAUGCUGCAGGGUUCAUUUUAAUAGCCAUGCUCUCACACAAGAUCCAGCCAUGGUUGGGUAAAAGAUUCUCCUUAGUGAUUGGAUGUAUGAGUUUAUGCAUAAUGUACGCAUUGGUUGCCAGUGGAACACAUUUUCCAGUAAUUGUGGUUGGGUUUUUUUUUGGUGGUAUGGGACUUGCAAUAUGUUUAUCCCAGUCCAACGUAUUCUUCACACGUUUGAACGACCUGUCUAAGUAUUUAUCUCUUUUUCAUGGGUCCUAUGGAUUGGGUGCAACCCUUUCUCCUUUAGUAGCUACUGCAAUGGUGAAUUCGGGUGUUAAAUGGCAUUACUUUUAUCUAAUAACACUAGGUUUUAUGUUAUUUAAUGGCAUCAACUUCUUUUUCUCUUUUAAAGGUGCAGACGAAGAUCUUAAACCAUGGGAUGAUGAUGAACCAAAUGAAUCUCUGGAAAGCGAUAAUAAUCAAUAUGAAUCAGACGAUUCUCAACAGCAAGAAGAAUUUAUUGGCUUACAAGAAUUAACAAGAGAAGGUCGGAAUAAACAAAAUGCUUCGAAUAAGAAUAGCCAAUCGACACAUUCCGCAGAUAUGUUAUUAGCUUUAAAAAACUACAGGACAUGGCUUCUUGCUUUGUUCGUAUUAUUUUACCAAGGGGCAGAAGUUUCGUUAGCAGGAUGGGUCGUCACUUUCUUAUUAGAUUAUAGACAUGGUAAUAGCUCAGUGGGUUACGUUGCGUCUGGUUUUUGGGGUGGGUUAACGUUGGGACGUCUUCUAUUGACUAAGCCAUUACACAAAUUACUAGGUGCCAGACGGGCAGUCAUACUUUUAUCUCUAACAUCUAUUUGCCUUGUACUUCUUGGGUGGCUAGUUCCAAAUGCUAUAGCGGAGGGUGUAUUUAUUUCAAUUGCCGGUGUUACUAUAGGUCCAAACUAUCCAUUGCAAAUUGGUCUCUCCGCUCAGCUUAUUCCCAGAAAAAUUCAGGUCAUUUCAUUGACAAUAAUCACCGCAUUUGGUUCAUCUGGAGGCGCUAUUUUCCCAUUUUUAGUUGGGUUGAUCUCUCAGAGUGUCGGCACAUAUGUAGUUAUGCCAAUUUUUAUUGGAUUAUACUGCGGUAUGCUUGGUCUUUGGAUAGCGUUACCUAACAUAGAAAGACCAAUAGAAUCAAAAAGUAACGUCAACAAAUGGACGCAAGUUUGGCGAAGAAUUUGGUAG